ACCGCGAGUCGACCGCGCCGCACGCUCUCCAACACCCCCACACGGUACGCGAUCGAGCCAUGACUCGCGAGGCGGUUGUCUAUCGCCCGAGCACCGAUCCGACGUGACCUGAAAUAAAAUCGAAAAUCACUCGAGAAACGGAGCCCCGUUCGAUUGCUCUUAGACGAUUUUGUCAAAAUGAACAUUUCCAGCGCGGAAGCUGAGUCGCGUGAAACGAUUAGCCGGUUAGUCGCAUCGAAGUGCGGUAGGAUGUGACAGGGACAGGUCGCGGACACAGAAUCGAAAGGGAUGCGCGGAACGUUCGAGGCGAACGACGAAGGGGAAGAGCCUGUAGCCCUUCAUGGCCAACACUGAUCUAAGAUGAGGAUCCAAUGCCGCUGGUACGCCCUCGUUCUGCUCACGUGCUCGAUCUGUCCCGGGCUGGCUGGCCCGCAGGAGGUGCAGAUCGAGAGGCCGAAGGAGCUGUUGCGUCACCAGCAGAACCACCGGCCGUCGUUCAUCGACCGCAGGCUCAAGAUGUACGAGACCACAGAGUCUCCUACGGAUCUAGAUGAUCAGGACGAUGUCGAGAUUUAUAAAAGUAAACUGGAGACCAGCAUCGAGAGACCGGCCACGCAGAUCAGACACGGUCGAUCUAGGAAUCACUUCGUCAGGCAAUCUAAGCUCGACGACGCCGAUAUGUCUUACAUGUCCAGUGCGGCUGAUAACGAUAAAGACACGCAGGACGCGAAGAGUAAAAAUAAGAUUCAAGACCGGAAAUCUUUAGGCACCGUCGACGAACGAUCUACGGUCGAUCUAGACAAAUUAUUGACCAGACUGUCCGAAGCUGGGUCUGAUCGUAGGAAGGAGGAGAAGAUGCGGCAUAAAGGAGAUUCGAUAAACAAAUUGAAGAAAGUGAUCGCUAGGAAUCGGUCCAGGUUAGCUGGUAACAGAACAGUCAGCAAUCUGACCGAAGUUUAUGGACACAUCGUUCACGGGACGUCGACUGGUGACAGAACUGACUUAGACGACGCAGAGAUCGGUAUAUUAGAAGAUUACGAUAUGUACGACAGUGAAAGCAAUAAUAGCUCCGAGAGCGAAGAUUACGAGGACUAUGGGACGAACGGGGACCAAGGCAAGCCUAGCAAAGAACCGGUGCACGUGGACAUCGUCACCAGGUUCCUUCGAAUCAUUGAAAAUCAGCAUCUCCUAGGCGAGAAUUGCACCGCUGGGACGGAUCUGAACCUGGGCGAAGGCAUCGUGGACCAAUACGCUCAGGAGAAGUUCAGAUUAGAAGCCAAUUUGGCGGUGAACAGGGCAAACAUGCUCACCAGGCUGUGGAAAUACGCGCCGGAAGUGAUGCUGUCCUCGGAAUACUUGCUGCACGCGAGCAUCCUGUCCAUGGUAGAGUUCGACGAAGACAUAUUCGCCGCAGGCAAUUGCUACGACAAGCUGCAGUACAGAGACCAUUGGCUGUACUGUCCGUUCGCGCAUCGAUUACAGGAUCAGGAUGGGAUUCUUGUUAAGGACUUGGCGAUUGAAUACAAGUACCUUAGUAACAGCAGCGAGUGGUUUUACAUCGCUAGGAAAAACGCCGAGAGAGUUAUCGCAAAUAACGACCAGUUCAGUCGCGGCUUCCACACGUACACGCUGAACGAGACGACGCAUACGGAGAGGGAGGAGGACGAGAUUUUGACGGUGAGGUACGAGGACGGCAGGUGGUCCAAGCCUUAUUACGAUUGUGGCGGUGGCAAUAUUUGGAUGCUCACGUACACUGUUCCCUUCUUUGGCUAUGUCAACGACACGUACUUUUUAAUUAUAGAAAAU